UGUGAAAGCACUCGUGGUCAACUGGUCAUCCCCCAAGAAAGACGCUGUUCAUGCAUUGCACAUCGCUUCCACACCACUAUUACUGUCUCGUAGCCUCGUACCGGCGACGCCGUCACGAACCACGGAGAUGGACACGGCACGAGUAUGAGUGGCACUCUCGUAAUUAGAAGAGCGACAUAAUGGCACUGAUGACCUCGGAGCUGGCAACCGCAAGACCCUUGCUCGUGUCUCGUGGAGAUGCGACUGCGUGGGAAGCACUUGAGGCCAAACUCUGCGCCGCACUAGAGUAGAGAGAGACAAACAAUAUCGUAGCUGUGGCCUGUGAGCGAGAAGGGGAAGGGAGAGAAAGGCACUCUGAGUAGCUUUCUGCAUUUCUCUGCCCAAAUCCUCCAGAGUUCCGCACAGGAGAACGAGUGGAAACUCAUUUGCGCAAAGCAAUGUCUGUCAUUGCCAGAAUUUUAUUUUUUUCUCUCCCAUCUUUACGUCUCUUCUUUCAUCAUUCUCAGGAACUCAGAACCACAAAUAUUACAUCUGGUGAUGCAUUAUCGGGAGCAGGCUAGAAGUGUCUUUGAGUCUUUUGGGCGUAGUUUGUCUAACUAAUCUGCAUUCUGAAUUGAAGCUUUGACCAUUCUUACAUGUUUCUGGUUCAGUCACUUUUUUUGUUUUUUGCUUUCAUCUUCCCUCCCUUCGAAUAAUGAAAUAUAGGAACAGUUGGAUAGUGAUUUCUGAUCCUGGCUUGGUCAAGUGGUUCAGUUAUAGAACUUAAACUGAGUGGUUGCGAUUUUUAGAUUUCUUCAUUGACAAAAAAUAACAAGAUUUAGAAAAUGAAACAAUUGAAUUUCUUAGUCUACGUUUGUUGAUUUAGGGCCCAAGUUCCUCUUUUUAACUUUAUCUCCUCAGUAGAAAAGCGAGUCAAGAAGCGUCACUGAUAUCCCCGUGAUUUGUUGAUUUAGUAUUUCCCCUUUCUCUUCUUCACUGCUUUAAUUGCAUUUGCUACGUUUUGCAGUGCCUCUGUCUCUAAAUAUCCGAGAUCUUGGAAGGAGAUGCCAUUUCUGAACUCUUCUUUUAGAGGGGAGGCUUCAUCCGGCUUAAAAUCUCUGACUAUUUAGCGGCGUAAAAUUUGCUAGUCUUUGGCAGCGUAGGUAGAGCAACACAUUGCAAGUAUUAUACCCAGUAAUAGCAAUUUUAUUCGCUAAGUAGAAGUUAAAUGAAUCCAUAUAUCUGAAUUCUACAACGUUUUCAGACUUUACUUUGUAUCCUGAGUUAUUAUUAGGCAUAGAUUUUGGUCGGCAAGUUUCUGUCUGAAUUCCUUUUUAUCUAAUCUCCUUUCCCUUCUUAUGAUGGAAGUUAUGGGAAAUGAAUCACCAUUUUUGUAAUUUGAUGUUGUGGGCUAUAUUAUGUGGUUUUCUUAUUUAUGUUCAGAUAGCAUGGCAUCUUCAUGGGACCAUCUUGGGGAAAUUGCAAAUGUAGUCCAGCUGACGGGCUUGGAUGCUGUGCGGUUGAUUGGAAUGAUUGUAAAAGCUGCAAGUACGGCACGGAUGCACAAGAAGAACUGCAGGCAGUUUGCACAGCAUCUGAAGUUGAUUGGGAAUUUGCUGGAGCAGCUCAAGAUCUCAGAGCUGAAAAAAUAUCCAGAAACUCGGGAGCCUCUGGAGCAGCUUGAAGAUGCUCUAAGAAGGUCUUACGUUUUGGUCAACAGUUGUCAGGACCGGAGCUAUCUAUAUUUGCUGGCCAUGGGCUGGAACAUUGUUUAUCAAUUCAGAAAGGCUCAGAAUGAAAUUGACAGUUACCUACGUCUUGUUCCUCUCAUCACUCUGGUGGACAAUACUCGUGUCAGGGAGAGACUUGAAGCUAUUGAGAAGGAUCAGCAUGAAUACACAUUGGAUGAUGAGGAACAAAAGGUGCAGACUGUGAUAUUAAAACCUGAACCUGACAAAGAUGAUGCUGUGGUGCUCAAGAAAUCUCUUUCCUUUUCUUACCCCAACUUGCCUUUCAAUGAAGCACUUAAAAAAGAAAAUGAAAAGCUUAAAUUAGAGCUACAACGGUCGCAGGCAAAUUUGGAUAUGAAUCAGUGUGAAGUCAUUCAACGUUUAUUGGACGUGACGGAAGCUGCAGCUUACUCUCUUCCCGAGAAGUGUUCCCCUGAAAAGAGUCAUAAGAAAACAUAUGACAAUAAUGAGAAAGGCCAAGCAUCUGAUGAUAAAUAUCACACAGAACGUGACACAUCUUCAACUGAUGCUUUUGUAUCUGGCACAAGCAGAUCUUUAGUUUCAGGAAAGGAUCUGCUGCCCACUGAAGGUUCAUAUCAGCUGGGAGAAUGGCACACUGAUUUACUUUCUUGUUGUUCUGAACCCUCUCUAUGUAUAAAAACUUUCUUCUAUCCUUGCGGGACAUUUUCAAAGAUUGCUACUGUUGCAACAAACAGGCACAUAUCUUCUGCAGAAGCAUGUAAUGAGUUGAUGGCAUAUUCAUUAGUUUUGUCAUGCUGUUGCUAUACUUGCUGUAUCAGGAGGAAGCUUCGGAAAAUGUUGAACAUCACAGGUGGCUACGUUGAUGAUUUUCUAUCCCAUUUAAUGUGCUGCUGCUGCGCCCUUGUCCAAGAAUGGAGGGAAGUGGAGAUCCGUGGGGUUUGUGGUAUGUCCUUCUCGCCCUUCAGCUUGCUAUAUCAUUGUGGGCAAUGUCACCACUAGAAUUGCUGUGAAUUCUGUUAAUUCGUACUUUUAAGGAUGCCUACCUUGCAUGUGCCUUGGUCCCUCGCCUUUCUUUUUCUGAGCCAAACCUGGUGAAUGGUCCUCCCUUGGCUUUAUUAAGUUUUCUCCCUGUUUCACUGCGAAAUUUAUUGUUGAUUUUCCUUAGCACGAGUUCCUUUAAGUUUCCAUUCAGCACUCCAAACGUAUACCUUGGUGUAAAUCGCAUCGCAGGAUCUGACAAGACAAGUACAAGCCCUCCACCCCCACAGCAUAUGGAAUCUUGAUCUACAUAUCAUUUGUUGUUUAGUGGGAUUUGGGCGCAUCGCUUUUGUGUAACUCCGUUGACAAUUUGACUGACCCAACUCGGCCCUGAUCUUAGAAUGGCAGAUGUUUCUUGUACAGAACUCUUGUAAAUAGUAUCUACCAUAAAAUUACAAUUAUCGUAUUAUAUGGUUGGACAACGCCUUCGUUUGGCAAGAAAACACUUUCUUGUUGAAA